AUGCUCAGAUUAAUUAACAAGAGUCACUGUGUUCCUGUGCAGGUACAGCGGACGGGGAGCACCGGUCUGCGUCGGUCCUCCAGAGACCUCGCCCUCAGUCGCUACACCCGCUACACCCGCCCAGACCUCGGCGCCCCAGCUGCGUACACGCCCAUCGAGCAGACGGUGUCCCCGGGGUCACCUGUAUCCCUCAAGUGCUCGGCCGUGGGCACCCCUGCACCUGUUAUCACCUGGACCCGCGAUCACCAGCCUCUCCUCACCUCACACAGUAUCCCCUCAUCUCACGAAUCUCCGCCCACCUCACGAGCCUCACCUCCCGGCAGGACUAGCGUGGGGAGCUUCAGGACUGAGCUAGGGGAGGUAGUGAGUCACGUGAACCUGAGUGACGUGACGGUGAGGGACGGCGGCACCUACACCUGCACCGCCCACAACUCUGUCGGCUCCGUCGCCCACUCCGCCAGGCUCAACGUUUACGUAACGCCAUCACUGACCUCAGAUGACCCCGCAGGUCCGCCGUUCGUGCGCGCGAUGCCUAAUGUGACGGCGGUGGCGGGGGAGGACGUGAGGCUGUGGUGUCCUGCUGGAGGCUUCCCCACCCCCACCAUCACCUGGCGCAGGGAAGGACACGCCCUCCCCAACUCCCACAGACAAGAGGUGCUGAUGAACGGGACGCUGGUGGUGAGGAAGACCAGUCGUGAGGAUGUCGGCCGCUACUCCUGCCUCGUCUCCGGCAGGCAGGGCCAGACUGCCGCCUCUCACACCUUCCUCCACGUCCUCAAACCUCCGGAGAUCGACACGUUCACCUUCAGGAGUAACCUAGAAGAGGGCCGCCGGACUCAGCUGUCGUGUAUGGUGACGGAGGGAGACCUACCUAUCACCAUCAACUGGCUCAAAGACGGCAGACACCUCCAGCACGACCCUGAUGUAGAGAGUAAACAAGUCAGCGAGUUUGCGACGGUGUUGGUGUUCAAUCGACUGCGGGAGCACCACUCGGGCUCCUAUACCUGUGAAGCCGCCAACGCUGCCGCCUCCAUCAACCACACCGCCACGCUAAGGGUCAAGGUGUCGCCGAAGUGGGUAGUGGAGCCUGGGGGAGGGACGGCGCUGGUGGGGUCGACGGUUGUGCUAGAUUGUAGUGCCCGAGGCUACCCAACACCUGUCCUCACCUGGAUGAAGGCCCCAGGAGAGGCGGCGCAGGACUUCCAACCUGUAGUAGUGGACGGGCUGAGGUCGUCCCAGGCGGCCAACGGGUCUCUAGUACUGCAGGACACCAAGACCAGUGACGCCGGCUGGUACAUGUGUCAAGCCGCGAACUCGGUCGGUAAACCCAUCUCCAAGGUCGUCCAGCUCACAGUGCACGCCCCUGCACGUGUCGUGACGGAGGGGAGACGUGUGACGGGCCACGCUGGACAGACGGUGACGGUGAUGUGUGAGGCUACAGGUGACGACCCUCUCUCCCUCACCUGGCGCCGUCACCACGCACCUGUCUCACCAGGCCACAGGACGGCAGUACGGGAGAGUAAGGCAGGUGGGGUGGUGAGAGCCGCGCUGGAGAUCCGGGCAGUGACGGCAGGUGACGCGGGGCCUUACACCUGCCGGGCCACCAACCCCCACGGUGACCACUCCCAGGUGUUUGACAUCGCUAUUAUAGAACCGCCGACCGCACCUUCCGGAGUGAGUGUGAGUGAGAUCACCAGUCGCUCUGCUGUUGUCUCCUGGAGCCUCCCUCAGCCGGCAGCCGUCACCAUACAGUACAGGGCGUCGAAGGAGGAGUCGUGGGUCGUCCAUGGGCGUAACGUGAGCGUGGGUCAGUGGGCGACGUCUCACGAGGUAACGGGGUUGGCGCCUCACCAGACCUACGCUGUGAGACUGAUGGCCCACAACGACCUAGGAGUGUCUCAACCUUCCCUCACACACGUCUUCACUACUACUGAGGAAGCGCCUUCAGGAGCACCUCAGGACGUACGGGUGGCGGCCGGUGGUCCUCGAUCCUUACUGGUGACAUGGCGAGCCCCUGCCCCUCACCUCACCCACGGGGCACUCAGGGGCUACACUCUCGCCCUUCGUCGUCAGAACCUGCAGGGUCACCACACCUACAUCACCAGGGCCGUCACGGACGUGGACGGUGUGGAGCAGUACGAGGUGCGUGGAUUGACGCCGGCCACACUGUAUGAGGUGGCUGUGAGGGCGUUCACCAGGGCGGGGCCAGGACCUCUCUCCUCCCCCAGGAUAGUUCACUCCACCAGCCAUGACGCACCGUCGUGUCCGCCCAUAGGAGUGUCGUGUCGUGGAUCUGGACGUGGCGGGGUGAGAGUGUGGUGGUCUCCUCCGCCCACACACUGUGCUCACGCCCCCGUUGCCGGCUACACCAUCAUCGCCACGCCCACCACUCACGCCCACCAUGCCACCGAUACAGGCAGGAUGUGGGAGGUGAACACAACCAACCUGGAGAAGAACCUGGAUGGCCUCCCCUCAGCCACCAACAUCAGCGUCAGGGUCAAGGCUUUCAACGACGUGGGCUUCAGUGCAUCCAACCACCCAGUCUUCUGCCUCACUGAAGACGAUGUGCCAAGCCCGCCGGAGAGGACGAGGGUAAUAGUGACAGGGGGAAGUACGCUGCUGGUGACGUGGGCCCCCCCUCAGCCUUACACCGGCACCAUACUACACUAUACUCUGUACUCCGCCAGGGAUGACCAGGUGGCGGUGCGGGACGUGGUAGGUGCUGGAGGUUCAGAGGCCACCUGGAGGGAGCUUACAGGACUCACCCCAGCCUCCAGAGUCCAGGUGUGGGUGACGGCGACGACGGUGGCGGGGGAGGGCAACCCUUCCCCCAGACUCGCUGCCCUCCCCUCUCCCAUAGCCACCCACUCUCCAGUGGCUGUGGGCGGCGGGCGGACAUGGCGGGUGGGGGCAGGAGCGGGUGUGACUCUGGGGUGUCGGGGUCUUGGGUCACCCGCACCCACCAUCAGUUGGACAAGGGCAGGAAUAGCUGUCAGCAGCGGUCAACUGACCCAGCUGCUGCCUGGAGGAGACCUGCACCUCACAGCUGUGAGGGAGACGAGUAACUACACGUGUUGGGUGAGGAACAAGGUGGGCGUGGACAGCCUCACUCACCAGGUGAUAGCCGUCACACCGCCCUCGCCGCCCACUCUCGCCCUUGCCCACGCCACCCACCACGCCCUCAACCUCUCCAUCAUCCCCACGGGUGACGGAGGUGCGCCCAUACUAGGAUAUACUGUGCAUCAUCGUGGGCGUGCGGGUGAGUGGGUUGAGGUGGGCGUGGACCCGGCAGCAGGGGGAGUGGUGGUGGGGGGUCUGCCAUGCGGGGCGCCCCACCACCUCUACCUGACAGCGUGGAACACCUUCGGCACCAGCUCCCCCAGCCCCGUCCUCAUCGCCAACACACUCGGCAGCCCCCCCGGACGACCUGACCCCUCUAGACUGGUCGAGGUCAACGCCACCUGCGUCACGUUACGUCUCUACGUCUGGCCAGAGCUCGGCUGCCCCGUCACACACUGGAAGGUGGAGCUAGGGAGCGAGGAGACCAAGUUAGCGUGGACACCCCUCCACUCCCACGUGACCCGUGACACUGGUGACCUGGGUGUGUGUGACCUGACCUCGGCCACCUGGCAUCUGCUCAAGGUCACGGCCUCGUCUACUGCGGGCGAUACGUCUGUUGUUUACCGUGUAGCCACCACGGACGACGCUGGAGCCACCAUCACGGCGGAGUCGGUGCAGGAGGUGCUGGUGAGCGGGAGUGUGGGUGUGGGCGGCUGGCUCGACGCCCACAUUGUGGCUGGUGUGGUGAGCGCCCUCCUGCUAGCCACUGCCUUCAUCAUCUGUGUGUGUGUCGCCGUCAGGAGGCGGAGGUACGGGGGAUAUAGCAGGCAAGGGGAGAGUGUGGACCAGAAGGGGGGCGGGGAGGAUGACAACGCCCGUAACUCAGAGCUCACCCGCGCCCACCUCUACUCUCCCACGCCAACCAAGAAACCUCGCGGCUCCCUCGCCUCCCUCAAGACCCAGGAUGAUACUUCUGACCCCUAUGAGAUCUGCCCCUACGCCACCUUCAGCGUGGGUAGCUCGGAAGGAACCUUAGAAUACGGUCUGUCCCUGCACGCUGUGACUCCCCGCGACUGCCUGGACCACCCCACCACACACAGCGACCACCACGCCCAGCCGCAGUCCCCAGCCUACGGUCAGGUGGGGGGACGACAGAGAGCCCAGUCACACUACAAGGAGGCAGAGAUCGCGUACAUCAGCCGGGGUGGACGAGCGGACUACGGCAGCCGGCCUAAGUCCAUCCCUGGAGCCCAGCCCCCUGCCUCCUCCACCCCUGCUCCAACAGCCGCCCCCGAGCAGAGGCAGUGGUCGGAAGAGGCCAGGAAGGACACACGAGGCCGACCUCAUCGACCUAGGAGCCGCACUAGAGCAGAGACCCCAGGAGGAGGGAGAGACUCGAGCACUGAGAGCAACGACGCCUCGUCCCCCGUGCCGCAGCGCCACCACUAUCAGCACCAGCAGCUCCCCUCAGCACAGCACCACCGCUCACAGCAGCUGGCCGCCGCCGCACAGCAGCACUCACAACAGUUGGCCGCCGCCGUACAGCAGCACUCGCAGCAGCUGGCGGCCGCACAGCAGCAAGCAGUAGUAGGAAGAGGGGGUCCACACCCGCUGCCGCCGGUCCGCCAUGCCAGAGCGCGAACUGAGUCCUCCUCCAGUGACAGCUCGUCCUUGACGCCCCCUAGGCCUCUUCAUCCUCCCUCUGCGUUCUCUGACUCUAGGGAGCUCUCUGAGGCUGAGUGUGACCGAGAAAUCUUCCAGGGCCAAGGAGAAGGCGUUGCAGGCGGUGAAGGCGGGCGCCCUGGAGGAUCAGGUCCCCAGCCAGCAGGAGACGGCAUCAAGGCUGAACUGACGGCUCUACUCCAGCGUUACCACAACCAACAGCAACUCCAAAACAAAGAUGACGACGAGAAACAAAUGCAACACAAGAAGCGUCGCCUCCCAGAGAAGAAUCCUUACACCAUCAAUGUGUAGCUUUGUGGCCAGUGUGUGUGUGUGUGUCAGCUGCUGGGAUGAAAGCGUCUAUAUUUUUACAAUAAAUAAUGGCUAGUCAUAUAGUGGGAGAGACAAUGGUUGCUCCGUAUUUUCUUUACAUUUUUCUAGAUUUUUCCAAUGUACUGUUCUGGUUUUUUACCAUUUCUUGCCCUAGUGUAUCACCGACAUGCAGCUAUUUUUACUUUACAUCAAUUAUAACACUCUCCUGUUUCACCGUGUGUUUAGAAACUGUAAAAAAUAAAGUAUAUAUAUAUAUAUAUAUAUAUAUAUAUAUAUAUAUAUAUAUAUAUA